AAAAAAAAAAAAAAAAAAAAAAAAAAAAACCCUCGCACGAGAAAAAGUACUUGCAACCCCUCAGAGUCCUGCGGAUAAAACGCACCGAAUUAAAACUACUUCGGAGCAGGAGUUUUGUCACUCGCCUCUCUCUCUUUUUUUCUCUUCUUCUUCUCCUUGUUGCAAGAAAAAAAAAGUGGAAGCAAGUGAAGUUUACUCUCCGGCGGUGACUGAAGUUUUAAUGCCUCGUGCUCUUGCGCAAAAAACGGGAUUUUCUUCUCAGCGCCGCUUUUUUCUGAAAAUGCGAUCUGCGUGGAAACUUUGUCAAUGGAUUUUACCGACGGCUUUCCCGACUGAAGUGCUGAUGUAGGGAAUAAACGCUCUCUCCAUUUGGAUUUAUUUCACCUGAACGGGGGCUAAAGUGUCGGAAACACGGACUUCAGAUGUGUCCCAUGCCAGCCAGAGUGGCCCUUCAGUCCCGAGAUGGAUUCCAGAAGUCAGAACGACAGCGAUGGGGGAGGAGGACACCACGGGUGGUCACCGUCAUCGACCAGCUUGUCAGGCGUGCAGCAUGACGAAAGGAGGUCUCCGCAAACCCGGGACGGUCCACGGGAUCCUGGAUUGAAUAACGGGCAGCCACCCCAUGCUCCUAUUGCCUGCCUAGUGCUAUCUCUGGAUCAGAUAAGGAUAAGUGGGAGUAGUAAUGAAUAUACAGAAGGGCCCACAGUUGCCCAAAGGUCUCCGGCCUCUCAGCAAAGGCAGCAGAAGAAUGACUUGAUGUCAUCACCUGGUUCACGGACAAGAGGGCAGCAGGAAACUCGGGAAGAGAGGCCUUAUAAUAUCCGUAACCUGCCUCCAUUGACUCAGCAUGGAAACGCAAAUUCUUCCAUCUCUCCCAGGGAGGGUGUUUUGCAGUCCUCUAGCGUAGAGGACUCCCAGAGUAGCAUCAGGACCAGCGUGGGGAGCACUUCUUCAGGCCAGAGGCUCCUCAGCAGCCUGGCAGGUGGUGACCAGAUCAUCAGAACCCAGCCAAAACGCACAGAGCUGAAUUCAGAAGAGUUGAAACCCCUGAACGACGAGUCCAGGGCGGUGGUGGCGGUGCCGGGCAGCGGAGGCUAUAAAAAUCUUGGUAAACACUCCAACAAGUGUGAGAGCUGCGGUCGGUGCCAGUGUUCGGAGUGCAGUCGGCCGCGGGCGCUCCCCUCCUGCUGGUUGUGCGGCCGGCGGUGCAUGUGCUCGGCGCAGAGCGCGGUGGAGUACGGGACGUGCGUCUGCUGCAUCAAGGGACUGUUCUACCACUGCUCCAGCGACGAUGAAGACACGUGCACCGACAAGCCCUUUUCGUGCACGCAGUCUCACUGCUGCGUCCGCUGGACCACCGUGUCACUCCUCUCCCUGCUCUUCCCCUGUCUCCUAUGCUACCUCCCAGCUAAAGGAUGCGUCGUCGCGUGCGAGAGCUGCUAUGACCGAGUCUCACGACCCGGUUGUCGGUGCAAGAAUGCAAAACCAAUCCACUGUGAGGAUGUUUGCAAGCAAACAUAGACGAGGUGGUUACGUGUGAUGAAAUGCAGAAGGAUGCAGAAGAGUCCGUGUUGACUGAACUGAUUGAUGUUUCAGCCCUGUAGUAGUGGAAAGGUUUGAUAAGGAAGCAAAUGAUGCGGAUGUGCUUGAGUUUUUGUGUUUUCCAUCAUGCAUGCCUACCAGGUGUGCACGGGAGGCGCACUCACUCACCCUAUAGCAUUAUGAGUUUCACUUGAAAGGUAAACCAAAAGAAGCGCUCCACAUGUUUAAAGGUAUGAAGACAUAUUCGACUACUGUCCUGCAAACUAAUUUCUUCAUGUGCCCAGGUAGUGCCCAGCUAAGAGAGUCCAAAUGGACCGCCUUUUGUUUGUAACGUUUAAUACAACUUAUAUGCUAAGAACAGACUCCUGUUACUAACUGUAUGUAAAGUAGUAAAUGCAGUGGGUAUGUACAUUAGAAAAAGAGUUUGACAGAUGUUUUAUUUUUGUACAUAUAAUAAUACGUCAACUGUGAAAAGUUUUCUGCCGUACCAGAGGCACCUUGAUAAAUUCACAUUUCUAUGAAUCAGUAAACUUCAUUCAUACAAUGUUUUUACAUUCACUGGAAUGUAUAUCAAUCAUUUUUAUGUAAUUUACAAAGGAAAAAUCUUAUCCCCUCUACCUGUAAAUUGUACAGUGACCUUUUAUGAGAAAAUAUUUUCUAAUUCCAACAUUGCUUAGUGUAAAGUUAAAAAUAUAUAUUUAUUUGAAGGUUUAUUAUUUUAUAAUGAAAAAUAUUUAUUUUGAGAAAGCAUUGUUAAAUGUGCCACCUCUUUGGGGGCUAUUCUGUAGUCGGAGGUGACCCGUAGGAGUGUCAAGGCUGGAUGAAUAGUUCACUAUGAAUUAGAAGACAAAUAUAUUAACGUUUGAAAUUAAACAACCUUGAAGUCUGA